GGUGCGUGGCCGGAAGCCAUGCUCGUCAGGCAAGAAGACCCUGAACAGUGCUUGCAGCUCAGGGCUGUCACAGUCUGAGUCCUGGAAGCCAUCAUCCUCUGCCGUCAGCCUGCCAGCGAAGUUGCUUAUCAGCCAUGGAAGGCACCGUGCGGGAACCUUCAUCCUCUCCUGGUUUCUUGCCUCGGAACUCUCUCAUCAAGCUGCCACAGGCUCUGUGCCUGUCUCUGCGGCUGCAGGUGCCCAGACACAGACCUGGGACCCCAGCUGCACCCCAGACAACUGUAUUCUCAGGGCCCUGCUCUGCUCAAAGGACCAUGGAGCCCCAGUCAGCUGAGCCAGAAGUCCCGGUGCCAGGCACAGGAACAGAUUCCAGACAAGCUGCUCUUCCAGACCCCAUUUCUCCUCCCCCAGGCAGUGGCGGUCUGCAGGGAUCUGCCACUUUGUGACUGCCAGGGCCACAGUAACUUUGUCGAGGUGUCGGAAAUUCUGGUGCAGCAGGAUAAAUCUGGACACAGUACAGCCUCUCGAACUCCGCAGGCCACGCAGGCCUCUCCUGCAGCGUGAGCUGCAGCGCAGAACCCAAGGCAAGAGUUGGGUAGCGCACACACGCCCCGGCCUCCCCAUCGCGACCUUUGCUCUGGCCGCAGGGGGACGUGGGGGAAGGCGAAUUGCAGGGACAGGAGCUAGACUAUUGCCCUGUCGUCCCUGGUUUCAUCUGUAGGAGGUCCCAGUCGAGGCAGGGACAGGUACUGUCCCAGCGAAGCUGCAUUGUGGCAACCCUGGCCAAGAUGAGUGGCCCUGCGGUGACUGAAGACACAGUGGGCACUGCCCAGGACCAGCUGCAGCGACUCCUGGAGGGCCUGGACCAGUACCAGCUGGAGGAGCUCGUGCUAUGCCUGCAGUGCCCACAGUUGCUACAGCAACGGCCCCCAGCCCUGCCCUGGGUGGCCCUGAGAGGCAGCAGCACAGUAGAGCUGGUGAGCCUGUUGCUGGAGCACUUCCCAGGGAGCACGUGGCAGGAGGUGCUGGCCCACAUCUUUCGGCACCUGAGACUGCCCUUCCCCAGAGAGGAAGCUGGAGCGGCCGUGGUUGGGCCCACUCAGGGGCAGGAACCCCAAGACCCAAGGAAGGAAGCAUCAGGGUUGCAAGAACACCAAGACAUAGUGCAAGAGGACCCCGAAAUGCCAGAAGAAGAAAAAGCCCACUGGCGGUGCUACCGAGAGAGGAUGAAGGCGGACAUACUACGCAUGUGGGCCCGCGCCCCCUGGCCCGAGGACCAUAUACAUCUCCUCCACGUGACCGUACUGGAGCACCAAGAGCUGGAGCGUGUCCUGUGCCCUCGUGGGGCCGACAUGCGGCCCCUCACAGUCGUCUUGGAAGGCAGUGCAGGGGUGGGCAAGACCACAGUGGCGGCCAAGUUGGCACUGCACUGGGCAGAGGGCGUGCUGCUCCAUCGCUACUUCUCCUUCGUCUCCUACAUUAGCUGCCACCAGGUGAACGAGAUGGGGGACGCCUGCUUGGCCGACCUGCUCUCCCUCCACUGGUCGCCUGAUCCCCGGUUCCUGAUGCAGAAAUUCCUGAGUCAUCCCCAGCGACUGCUGUUUAUUGUCGAUGGGAUUGAGGAGCUGCAGGUGCCCCGUGGAGAGGCUGAGAGCCCCCACUUGGCAGACUGGUUCCAGAGACUGCCAGCCACUCAGGUGCUCCUCAGCCUGCUGAGGAGGAAGGCACUGCCCACGGCCACCCUCCUGGUCACGAGCAGGGCUCAGCGGCGCCCGGCUCUGUACCGCCUGCUGCGGCGGCCGAGCUUCGUCACCCUCCGCGGCUUCUCCGAGGACGACCAGGAGGAAUAUUUUCUUCGGUUCUUUGGGGACCAGGACACGGCCAAGGAAAUCAUGCAGUGGCUGCGAGCCACUGGGACAUGGCUUCCUACUUGCUGUGCCCCGCUGAUGUGUUGGGUGGUGGGCACCUAUCUCAAGCGGCAGCGGGCAACAAAACCCAGCUUCCAGUUGGGGGCACAGAGCCCCACCGCGCUGUAUGCUGGCUUCUUCUCCAGCCUGGUCUCCGCAGAGGCAGGCCUGCAGGGUGUGGGGGCGCACGAGCAAUGGGGUGCCCUGUGCCGGCUUGCUGCCAGGGGGAUGUGGCAGUCGACAGGCGCGUUCCCAAAGCAGACGAUGGGCAGCAGGGCCCUGGCCGCGCCCUUCAUCCAAGCCCUGCUCAGGCUGAACAUCCUCCAGGCGGUGGCCAGCUGUGAGGACUGCGUGGCCUUCAUCCACCCGAGUUUCCAGGCAUUCUUUGGGGCCCUGUUUUAUGUGCUCAGGGGGACGCCUGGCUGCUUGGGUGGGCUCACAAAACCUCAGGAGCUACACAUGCUCCUCAGCUCAGCGCUGGCUGACAGAGCCACCCACUGGGAGCAGACGGCCAUUUUCUUCUUUGGCCUUCUGCACAGAGAUGUGGCGAGGGAGCUGGAGGGAGUGCUGCCGGCCGCCUUGGCUCCUGCCACUGCCACGGAUCAGGUACUCGAGUGGGCCGAGGGGCUGGAGACGGUGCCGCUGAUCCCUGUGGGGCAUGCGCUCCUCUUUCAGUGUCUGCACGAGGCGCAGGAGGCCAGCAUGGUGAAGCAGGUUCUGAGUCAUCUCCGGGAAGCCCACGUGGAUGUGUGUGGGAACCGGCAGCUCCAGGAUGCUGCAUUCUGCCUGCGGGAUUGCCGGAACCUGCAAAAGUUGCGGCUCUCCCUCUCUGGCCUCCUCCCAGCCGUGGAAGUAGCUUCUGGCGGGAAGACCCCGGGAGGAAAGAUGGCUUCUUCCAAGAUACGCCAGUGGCAGGACAUCUGCUCUGUGUUCAGCUAUGGCAACGUGCACGAGCUGGACCUGAGUAACAGCACCCUCAACACUCUGACGAUGAAGAAGCUCUGCAGAGAGCUGCGAAACCCGAGGUGCAAGCUCCGACAGCUGACGUGUCGCUCCGUGGAGCCACGGCGAGUGCUGCAGGAGCUGCCCGUGGUCCUUCAUGGCAACAGUAGGCUCACACACCUCGACCUGAGUGCCAACGACUUGGGGGUCACUGUGUCCACUGUCAUCUUUAAGACCCUGAGACACCCUGCCUGCCAGCUCCGGUCCCUGUGGCUGGCGUCUUGCCAUCUCCCAGCACCUGCCUGCAGGAAACUUUUCCUGGCCUUGGGCCAAAACACGAGCCUGACCUUCCUCAGUCUGGGGGACAAUGACCUGGCCCCACUGCAGGACACAGCCCCACCAGCACCCCCCAAGGACAUCCUGUGUCCCCUGCAACACCCCCCGAGGAAGCUCUGUCUGGAGAAAUGCAACCUGUCUUCAGACACCUAUCGGGGCUUGGCCUCACUGCUCAUCAGUGCCCAGAAGACCACACACCUGUGCCUGGGGUUCAACCCGCUCCAAGACAAUGGGGUGCAGCUGCUGUGUGCCUCCCUGGUGCUCCCCGACUGUGCUCUGCAGAGGCUAGAACUCUGGUUUUGUCAGCUGGGUGCUCCCAGCGGCCGGUACCUGUCCCGCGCGCUCCUGCAGAACCGGGCGCUGACCUGCCUGAACCUGCGGAGGAACCGCCUGGGGGACGAGGGCGUGGAGGACCUGUGUGUGGCGCUGCGCGGGCCGCACUGCAGGCUGCAGCGGCUGGACCUGUCAGCUUGCUCCUUCUCGGUCCCCGGCUGCGGGGCACUGGCUGCUGCCCUCAGGGACAACCGCAGUCUGCAGGUGCUGGAUGUGGGCGAGAACGAGUUUGGGGACGAUGGUAUGGAAGCCCUAAGCCAGGCUCUCGGGUCCAGCACCUGCACCUUGACUACACUGGGGUUACAGAAAUGCCAGCUAACAGCUGCAAGCAAUGAGCACCUCGGCCAUCUGCUCAGGGGCAGCAAGAGCCUGGUCAGCCUGAACCUCCUGGGGAAUGACCUGCAGCUGCAGGGGCUCAGCAUGCUCUGGAAAGCUGUGAAGUCCUCCCAGUGCCCACUCCGAGUGCUUGGACUGGACAGACACUUGCUCCUGGAGGUGGAGAAGGAGCUGGAGGCGCUGCGGAGCAGGGGCUCGACUCUGAAGAUCCAGUGCCGGUGGGACUCCAGUGACCCUGAAGCCAGGUGGUGCUGGUGAGCAGGAAGAGGCCAGCUUCUAGGCGUCCCGCCCCACCCCACCCCCGAAGGUGUGCUCGGCCCCGCCCUGGGGGAAGGUGGCUUCCAGAAGCUGAGAGAGCUGUGGGCACAACUUCACACAACUUAACAGUCCUAUCUCUGCCCCCCUUGGAUCUCCAAAUUCCUGCAUAGGUUCUGUCCCAUUUUCCUCAUCCCACUAAGCCCUGUGUUGCUUUUUGUUUUUGUUUCCAUUCUUAAGAGGA